AUGGCGGCUAGCUUAUGUGAGAACUUUUGGGUGACAGCUCUGAAGCCGCGACUCGUCAGGGCAGAGGGAAACGAUAGUACUAGUACCCGAGAUGUUCUCCCUUCCAGCAUCAGUGUCACAGAGGAGGUCACCUCCAUACCAACAGGAGACGACGACGACGUGAUCCUGACCUGGAAUGACCUGGCAUCCACCCAGCAGCCGCUGUGCAGGUCUAGGGAGAGAUUUUUGCCCCCCGUCCUUUUCGAAUACGACUCCUGCGCGCUGUGUUACGGAUACAUUCAAAAUCGAGACUUAUUCUCGUUCCGGUGGGUCAUGAGAGACACCUCGAGGCAAUACAGGGUCAAGAACGAAACCUUCGUCUUCGUGGUGACUGCGUUGAUGAAUCCAAGCAACGUUUCCCACUUGGUUGAGGCAGACGUGAACUCUGAAGAAAUCUCUGCUUCCUUUCACGGAAAGGACGGAUGGCGAAAGUGGCGUUCUUGUUGUGUGGCUGCAAGGAGCUGUUGCACCAGCAUGCAGUCGGCGCCCUGGCCCAAAGGACAUUGUCCACCAACCUGGGAUGGAUGGCAGUGCUGGCCUUCGACUCCCCCUGGAACGCGAGCAAGUGGUCUCUGUCCCUCCUACAGCUACUACAGAAAACCUGCCUCUUGUACAAAGCUGGCAACCAAGCAAUGCGAACCAGAUGGGCGGUGGUUCAGACGAGGCGAAGAAGGGCGCCACCAGCGGGAGUGGAGCAACUACUCCUCUUGCAGUGUCGCGGAGAACAUCAUCCGGCGUCUGUACGUUCACAUCGCUGCAUACAGCAUCUCGGUGGCCGCCCUCUUGCCCGCCCUCUGUAUUUUCUUCUCUUACGAACAGCUGGGCGUCCACCGGAUCACCUUACAUAAGCACCUCUUCAUCAGCCUUCUGCUCGAGGCUGCCUGCAACAUCAGCUUCCGGUUGCUCCAGCUGCACAAAGAGGAUCUCAUUCAGCAGAAUCCCCCCUGGUGUAUUGUACUCAAUCUCCUGACGAAGUACGCCAGCCUUUCGAAUUACAUGUGGUACCUCUGCGAGGGAUUCUACCUGCAUCAACUGCUGGUAUCGGCAUUCGCGGAGCAAAGGUCCCUCGCUACGUUCUAUCUCAUCGGAUGGGGUUUCCCGCUCCUUCCUUUGACUGUGUACGCUGGAAUUAAGUUUGCUGGCUUCAAUAGCGCCGAUUGCUGGCUUGUUCCCAGUCAGCUUGACUGGAUCAUCAACCUGCCACCCCUUGUGGCUAUACUGGUAAAUAUCAUCUUUAUCGUCAACAUCGUCCGUAUUUUAGUGAGCAAAGUCCGGGCGACGCACAGUACUAACGAACCAAGUCAGUACCGGAAAGCUGUUCGGGCGACUGUGAUGGUCAUACCGUUAUUUGGUCUGCAGUACAUCGUGACUCUGUACCGACCACCUGAACUGGGCUGUGACUGGCACGAUCUUUAUCAGAUGUUUAAUAAUAUAAUAGAGGGAAGCACAGGGGCCAUUGUGUCUGUCAUCUUCUGCUACACCAACACCGAGGUCGUGACCCUUCUUACAAGAUCGUUCCAGCGAUACAGACUUCAAAGGAAGAUGCGCAGAGGAAGGAAAGACGACGGACAGAGUAGGAAGAUGCAUCUUCGCCUGGGAGUGAUCAGUCCUCAGGCGUCAACUUUUUCUUGUUAGAUCGCUUCUCUCGGAUUCCAUUUCUGGCGUUUUCUU